UCGACCAAGACAUACUAAUACUAACCACAAUAACAGCGGUUCCAGGCAUCAUUAGUGGCUAAUCCAUUUUCUUUUUGAGUUUAUGUCUCAGCUAUGCUGAUUGGAGCAAACCAGAGAAGAUUUCUUCUCUCAUGAACUCCAUAGCUUUUCUUACACCCUCGAUUAGGGUUCCAUUUCUUAAUCUUCAGAAUCAUAGAAUCAAAUUUCUUAAUAGUAACCCCUUUUCAUUAUCAAAUUUCAAUCGUAUUGGUAGCACUAAUAAGUCUAGAAAUAAUUACUAUGAAAUCUCAUCAGUUUCAUCAUGUAAACUACCUUUAAAUCCGAAAGCCCUGAAAAACAAGUCUCAUAAAUGUCUGAGAAGUAACCCUUUAUGGGUUUUAGCUCCAAUUUUAAAACGGGCUAUUUCUAUGUUUAGAAGUUCAGUAGAAAAGUGGAAUUUAUGUGUGAAAGAAAUUGAUGAAAGUUUAGACAGAGAGAAAGGUUUGGAGUAUUUACAGAACGGAGGAAUUGGAAUGGCACUACUAAGUGUGACUACAAGUGCUAAAGUACGAAUAAGUCCAUUUGUAAAGACAUUAGCAGGAAACCCGACAUUUGUAUCAAGUAUGUUUGCUUGGGUAAUAGCUCAAUCUAUGAAGAUGUUUAUAAAUUUCUGUUUUGAUAGGAAAUGGGAUUUUAGAGUUUUAUUUGCUUCUGGUGGGAUGCCCUCUUCACAUUCAGCACUCUGUACAGCUCUUACUACAUCAGUAGCACUUUGUCAUGGUGUAGCAGAUUCUUUGUUUCCUGUUUGUUUGGGUUUUAGUCUUAUUGUUAUGUAUGAUGCAAUUGGAGUUAGACGCCAUGCUGGUAUGCAAGCACAGGUUUUGAAUGUUAUCAUUGAGGACUUGUUUCAAGGGCAUCCUAUAAGUCAACGAAAGCUAAAGGAACUUCUUGGUCACACACCAUCACAGGUACUCGCCGGAGCCGUUCUUGGCAUUUUGGUAGCUUUCCUUUGUUGCCAAGGGUGCUUAGUGUACACAUAAGUUGGUUAUUAUGUGCCUCAAUUGUCCAUGAGGCCUCACUUGCUGCCUUGCAUACGGGCACUUCUGCAAUUAUCUGCAUCUAAUUUCUUUGUUGGUAGCUUUCCUUUGUUGCCAAGGGUGCUUAGUGUACACAUAAGUUGGUUAUUAUGUGCCUCAGUUGUCCAUGAGGCCUCACUUGCUGCCUUGCAUACGGGCACUUAUGCAAUUAUCUGCAUCUGAUUUCUCGUGAUAUUUAUGACAUUUAAAAAUCCCAUGUAUGUCUUUAUAACAACGACUCAGUAUUAAUCUUUUGGCGUUAAAAGUUCAGAAAUCUAAAUGUUUCUUCAAA